CCUCCAUUUCAUCUGAGGGGAAUUCCUGUGAGAAAGUGCUAACCGCCGCAAGGGGCGCUAUUCUUGGAAUGUACAUACAUUAUUCCCCUCCUCGACCUCAGCCCCCCGGUGCGACUCUGGAUGGAGGCCGUUGCUGGGUGCUGGUUGCAUACCCGGCCCUGUGGGUUUUCGAACUCGGCCUCUGCGGUUAACAAACCAAUGAUACCGGGAGGGGGUCCAGGCGCGCGCUUCACCUCUGCGUAUCGCAGACCGCGGCCAGCUCCUUGAAACCGCCAGGCCCAGACACCCUGGGACAUCUCGUUGGCCUGGUAAGCAGUUGGCUAGGAAAGGGGCUACCCAAGGAAAGGCUGUGUGUCAGUCGGCGCUUUGGACCAUGAUAAGUAGGCAGUCGGGGCCGGGCCUGUGGUGUCGAGUGUCCGGGAAACAACAUCAAAGUGCCGGUCAAUUCUGUGCCCAUCGCAGCUACUCGACGCCCUUGCACCUCCAGCCUCAGUACCGUCCCCUCAUACCCCUUUGCAGCAUGGGGUGCGGUGGCUCUAAGGAGGAAGCGACGGAACAGCACCAUGGAUCCUUAGCAGGUGCAAGACCAUCACGAAAACCUGCCGAGGACAGCGAUACACUCUCCGACCUCAGUGUCCGCCCCGUACUCCGCUCCAGUCAACCAGGACACACCCGACCACCUACACGUCGUACCACUGCCCAAGUCUCGAAGCCGAAGCAACCAGACGGCAGAGUGAACUCGGCUAACCCCUCAACCUCAUUCCAAUACGUCUCACCACAAGGGAAUAUUUCGUUGAAGCGAGUGGAGCACAUCGUCGCCAAAAGUCCUGCACCGCCAGCGAAGCCUCUCAAGGGAAUGAGAUACCCCAAGAGGUACUGGAAUGGCGAAGGACCGGCCGAUAACCGAACGCAAAACUUCAGUGAUUGGGAGAUCCGGCAGACGCAAGAUCCGGCGGACGGCAGGAGUACGGAAACAUACGAGUACCCCAUCAAGACGCUCGUCCAGAAACCGCCAUUCAGGUCAGAGUUCAACUUCGCAAAGAAGCCGGCCACCCUCAAGCAAUGCAUUCCAAUACCGCCGCCCGAUAGAAGGGGAUAUAAAGAGCGCUGGGAAAGACCGCCAAACGAGCCCGGCGCGAUCCGCGCGGUGGUCAACAAGGACCAACAACUUGUCGGCGCAAUGUACCACCCGGAGGGUGACACUCAUGGGUUUUUGAGCGCGCGCUUGGAGCCCUUGGACGGAACGGGGCGCGGCGAGGUAGCCCGCUACAACGACAGGCAGCAAACUGGGCGGGACACUUGGCCAAAACGAGGACCGGAUUGAAAGGGGGGGGUGGUGGUGGCAGAGCUCCAAGGUUAGGUACCUAGGUAUGGAGAGUAUUCCCGAUGAUGGAUGUUGGUUUGAACUUUGAAUCUCAAACAAGACCUUCGAAACCCCGGGCGGGCUUUCAUCUCAUGAUUCGCAUCCCACUGAUAAGUGACAACCUGGCCCCCUAAACUGCCCUACUUCAUGAAGGGGUGCAGAAUACAGGAGCUAUCUUUAUCCCUAGGCCACAGCGAAGGCGGCGUAGGGGCUGCGAUGUUUGGGAUGCGCCGUCGUAUGUAGAG